GCUGGUAAAGUCCUGACUUCUGCCAAGGUUGAAGCUAUUGAUAAUCCAAAACAAUGGUAUUACUUAGCUUGCAAAACCUGUGGUUUGAAGGUUCAACAAUAUGGUGAAGAUUUUGAUGAUGUGGAUAGGAAGCCCAUUUUCAAUUGCAAGACAUGUGGUGAUAUUGAAGAUGUCUUUUCCAAAUAUUAUCUGAUUUUACGUGUAUCAGACGAUUUUUUUUCAGAAACCAGAUUUCUGUUAUUUAAUAAACUUGCAGCAAAAUUGAUUCAAACUUCUGCUACUGAUAUUUUUGAAAAAUAUUCUGAGAAAUUUCUAUUCAAAAUCACCUUGGAAGAGAGAGCUAAAAAGGUUAAUAAUUCUCCGUAUACUGUUGAAUUAUUUUGGGAUGAUGAUGAUGAAAUUAAGCUUUUCGAGACUCAAUCUUUCACAGAGGAACCACUCAUGCUUACAAAUUCUGAGGAAAUUUAA